AUGAUCAAGAGCUUCUUCUGGAUUUCACUAGUCAUUUUGAUACAUAGUCAAUAUGCAGUAUCAGUGCUGAGGAGCAUAGAUGAACUAGACGAUCGGAAAGUAAGACAUCUUAUUAAACAAGUCAGCACGGAUAUCUUUGUCACAAUUCGAGGUCGUGAGUCUGUGCAGAAGGGGCUUAAGCAAGAUAGAAGACUUUGGGUUAAAAGGGUCAAUAUCGUUGAUCAGACAAACGAGAUCAAGGUGGAUGAAUUUCUGAACAGAGUAGGGCAACUUUUAUAUCACAACCCGCAGCGCAAACUAGUGGGGUGGAAACAUGAAAUAGAUACCACAGGAGACAGAGCAGCAAACAAAGUGACAGUUGUUUGGAAAACUGAAGAAUUUGAAGAGGAUGUGGUUGCCAUCUUUAGAUCACGUCUCCAACCAAACAGUCCAUGGAGGCUUUGGAAUAUUGAAUUCCACGGUCCACACAACACUGCUCCUCCCAAAUUUGAUGAUUACACAGGCAGAGGAUCAUCAGCAUCACAUUCUUAA